AUGGCGGAUAAACCAAAUUUUGAAGAGGAUUUGCUAGCAGACCUACAAAGUGACUCAGAGAAUGAAACUGAGUUUGUUAGCCAGAAAGAGAGUUAUGAAACCGCCACACUGAAUUCCCACGUACGCUAUUGGGAAGACCUACUACAAUCAAGUCAUCGUCACACUGUUGGCACAAAGCUACAACAUCUUGAUAUCGCUCAUGUGUCCGAUCCUACUGAAUUGAGCUCUGUUCUCGAUUUCAUUCCCCAGAUACGACAGAAGUUGCGAAAUUAUGUCGAUGAACAGGAUACUGACUAUAUGGAAUUAUUGGCUACAGCGAAUGGUGAGAACCAAAGUGAGGAGAUGAGAUUUCUUAUGCAAAUAAGUGAGCUUCCAACACUUAUCAACGACGAAAUUACUCUCUUGCAUCGAUUCGUGCGAACGCAUUACAAAUUAGUGUUUGGAGAACUAGAAGUUCUCGUAUCCAAUCCAAUUGACUACUGCAGGGUUGUCACUCUAAUUGGGCUGGAUCUCAUAGGUAUAAAGAAGAAAGAACCCGAGUUGCAAAAGAUUGUAUCUAACACCAAAGUACUCGCCAUAUCGAUGGCUGCGCUAGAAUCAUUUGCUCACCUGUUUCCUUUAAACGAGAAAGAUAUGUCACGUAUACGCAAGGCCUGCGACUUAUGCUUUCAAUUAAACGACUUCAUCAAAGAACUCUCAGUGUUUGUGUCCCGAAAACUUUCCAAAUACGCUCCUAAUGUCAAUAGUCUUAUCGGGCCGACAGUAACUUCUCAGCUUCUUAUUAGUAUUGGCUCGCUACGUCAGCUUGCUUUGACUCCAGCUUGCAACCUUCCUUCAUUUGGCGUAAGAGAUAUACUGUCCCAACAAAAUACACGGUCAACGAUAGUAAGAGCCACGGGUUACUUAUACUACAGCGACUUGGUGGUUGGUUUACCCCCUGAGAUCAAGAGACAGGCACUCAGAAUCAUAAGUUCAAAAAUAAUUUUAGCUGCCCGUAUUGACUUAUCUGGUGCCAUGCCUGAUGGAAGCAUUGGGAAAGCGUACCUUGAGGAAAUAAAGCGAAAGAUCGAUCAACUCCUCACUCCUCCGGACAAGGCAGCUCCAAAAGCUCUACCAGUUCCAAAAGAGCAAAAGUCAAAGAAAAGGGGCGGCCGAAGGUUCAGGAAAAUGAGGGAAAGAACUCAAAUGUCUGAGAUAAGAAAGGCUCAGAGCAAGAUGGUGUUCGGCAAGGAGGAACACACUGUGAUAGAUGCAUUUGGUGAGGAAGUUGGACUUGGUCUAAGUAAACAAAUUGAUGGAGUGCGUGCCAAUAAGAAUACAAAUGCACGUAUGUCGAAGGCUAUGAUCAAUAGACUUAAUCAACAGAAGGAUAGGCCUAUUGAUCUUGAUACUAUUGUGUUCGCUAGAGAUGAAGAUGAUAAUACAAGCCCAGGCUUUGUGUCUUCCAAUUCAAGAAGGUCCUGGUUUGGGGGUGCCAAGCGAAGCAGAUUUGCAGAUUUAGAUCUGGAUGAAGAAGAUACAAAAAAGCAGAAAACAAGUUAA